UGUUAGCCUGUUAGCAUGCUAGCAUGCUAGCACGCUGGAUGAGAUGAUCAGAGUCGGACACGAGGAGCAGCUGCGGACUCUCGCGGAGUGUCGGUACAGUUAUCCAGCUGAGACCCGCUCGGAUCUUCAGGACGUUCUCUCUCGGUUCUCUGAUCUUCGUCUCUAUGUGGACUUCUACUGUUUUCCAAACAAAGAGAAGAAGAAGCUGCUGUAUCUGUCUGGAACUGUUCCUGUUCACUAUGAAGGAAGUGAGUAUAAUAUCCCAGUGUGCAUCUGGCUUCAUGAGACCCACCCGGUGUCCAGACCUCGCUGUUUCGUCUGUCCCUCCGUCUCCAUGGUGAUCAACCCGUCCUGUUCCUGCGUGGACGCCUCUGGCAACAUCCUUCUGGACGGACUUACAAACUGGACUCAUGGCGUGUCCAACCUGUCACUGCUGCUGUCAGAGAUGAGGCGGGCCUUCCAGAGGGACACGCCCCUGUAUGCCAGGUCUCCUGUACAAGCCCCGCCCCCUGCAGGUGUGCAGGUGUCUGCCCAAAGCAUGCAUCAUGCCACCUUCAUCACCUCCUCCUCCUCCACCUCCUCCCCACAGAGACAGUGUCUCUCCCUCACCUCAUCCCACUUUACUGGACAGACAGCGAGCCAAUGGGAGCAGGGCAGGGAGGUGAGGGUGAGGAGGUCGUACACAGAGGAGCUGCUGGGGAUCGACUUCAGCACUCCUCCUCCUUCAUCUUCCUCCUCCAACAACCCUUUCCUGAGCUCCUCCUCCUCAGGUGGUCCUCCUGCAGUCCCUCUCAGCAGGAGGAUGGCAGCUCUGAAGCUGGACGGAGAGUCCAGCAGAGACCAGCAGGGUGAGUCACCUGUACGGAUGGUCCAAUCAGAAGCAGCCCGAGACAGACGCACCACAUGCUCUGUGGUUAUGGUUCCAGAUCCUGGACCAGCUGCUGGAGUGGACCUAAUCCAGAUGGCGGCUCGUCUUCCUCCGGACCAGGCGGCCAGCUUCCUGUCUCUGGUUACCAUGGAGGGGCGGGGCUUCAGCCCCUCUGAUGUCAUGGAGGCGGUCCAACUCAGCAGAGAUCUACCAUCAGCCCUCAAGUUCCUGACUCACAGCUGCCCCUUCUGUCAGGAGCAGGUGUCCUUCAGCAAGAUCAUCACCAUGACUCACUGCUCCUGUUUCUUGUGUCAGACAUGUUUUAAGACGUUUUUCUUGUCGGCCAUUAAAGAGAAGAGCAUCGAUCAGCUGGUUUGUCCUCAGUGUGGCCAACCUGAGGUCAGAGGUCAGGGGGGAAUGGAAUACUUCAACCUGCUGGACACACAGAUCCGUCACUUCCUGCCUCCUCAGAUCCACGAACUCUUUCAGAGGAAACUCAGAGAUCGAGCUCUGCAGGACAUGCCAAACUUUCACUGGUGUGCUCAUUGUUCGUUCGGCAUGCUUCAUGAAGCUGACAGGUUGAGGAUGGACUGUCCCAGCUGUAAGAAGAGUACCUGCUGUCAGUGUAGAUCUCCUUGGUCUCCUCAACAUCAGGGACGCUCCUGUCACCAGUUCAGAAUCUGGCAGCAGCAGAACCAUCUGGAUCCCCAAACCACCACCCUGCUGAGCCACAACAGCAUCGAGUGUCCAAACUGUCAGUGUGUCUUCAGUCUGUCUAAAGGGGGCUGUCUCCACUUCACCUGCAGUCAGUGUCAGCACCAGUUCUGCGGAGGCUGCAGUCAGACCUUCACUCCUGGAUCUGCAUGCAGUUUCUCUGCCGACUGUGGAACCAAAGGUCUUCACGCCCACCACCCCAGAAACUGCCUUUACCACCUGAGGGACUGGAGUGUGGCCCGUCUACAGCUGCUGCUACAGUAUUACCGAAUGUCUCUCACCUUGUUGGAACCAGCCAAUGGCAGCUCACCUGACUCCAGUCAGACAGGAGUGUGCGUGGUUUUGGAGCUGAGAGACGACAGCAGCAGACGGGAGGAGCCUUGUGGACGACCUGCUCUACAAGAAUACAGGGGAUACUGCCAGUUGCACUAUAAGGAGCGCUUGGUGGAGCUGAUCAACCGUUGCCGUGCCGACCCGGCGGUCCUCUUCAGCCCGGCAGAGAUGAUGGCGGAGCUGCGGCGCUGGCAUGUUGCCAUGCCGACCAAGAAACCAGGAGAACCAGAGCCGCUGUACACAAAACGCCUCCGCCUGACUCUGACCAAUAGCGUUCCUCUCAGGAAGCAGUGACACUCUCAGACGAAAUCUUCUGUGACUCCUUAAGCUCCGCCUCCUCGCCUGCUGCCGAGUGACUGACUGACUUCACCCACUCCUAACAUGCCAGCCAAUCAGACCUUGUUCAGUGUCAUCGCGGGAAAAAUAACUUUUUGACACAAAGAACCUGCUAUGACAUCAAUUCAAUGGGCGUGGUCAGUACCUGCAGUGACAUCACUGAAGAGGGCGUGGUCAAAGCUUUGAGACUAAAAAUGGAACUUAUCAUCUGUGUCAGUCCCAGUGACGUCAUCAAAUACUUCAGCCGUGCUUCUGAUUGGCUCAUUAGUUGCCGUGGAAACACAGCCAGAGAAAAAUAAAAUACUUUAUUGGAACUAUAAUGAAAAGGGUCCAAAGACGGAGCGAGCAGAUGUUCCCCUUAACAAGCACUGUUAGCUGUUAGCUGAGCACAAUUCCAUUGUUUUCACUUAUAUAGAAUUUCUUAAUCAACCAGGAUUGAGAUGUUAAAGGUGACAUAUCAUGCUUUGAUGUUGUUUUCAUCAUCUGUCUGAAAUGUUCAGUUUUGCUAAAAAUGCUAAAGCAGCAAAGCUAAAGCAAGUCAGUUAAAACGGUGUGCUGCAGUAAACUCCGCCUCCUAUGGGGUUUGAUUGGGUCCUUAAAUGCAGCCGGGAGUAGACUGGGACACGUUCAGGAUGUUUAUGUUGAGGUGAACGGUCUGUAUAUUGAAGACAGUUCCUGAAUAAGGGAUGUGUGCCUUUCACCACGGACUCAGUGUUUCAGUAUUUUCACAGUAUUUAUACAACCCUCAGACCUGCUACAUCAUAAUAAUCUAAAUCUCUUUUAAUACAAUAUGGGACCUUUAAGGAUGCCACUUUAAGCGUUCCCUUCUGUGUCAGCCAGAGUGAGCCGCGUUAGCUCUGAUGGCGGUGAACCCUCAACCUUCUUCUGCUUUAGCUAUUGCUGCACUUUAACUGCUGUGAAUAAAUGUAUUAAAUAAAAAUAUCUUCAAGUCCUACGACAAAAGUCAGAGUACAGUAUGUCAUAAACAGUCAGAGUAUAGUAUGUUAUAAACAGAGUACAGUAUGUUAUAAACAGUCAGAGUAUAGUAUGUUAUAAACAGAGUACA